CCGACCAAGACAGGCGCCCCCGGCCGUGUCGGCGCGCGCAUGUGAGGGUGCCGGUCAUUCGCAGUGUGGUUGAGAGUAAGCAACACUGUGGUUAUAGAAGUUGCAAGUUGUGCAGCAAGGAUUCUGUAACCCCUUGAACGCAGGUGCAACACCCUCGCACUUGUUCCCCCCGCAAGGGCCAGGAAAGAUCAACAUAGCGGCCGCAAUGGCUGUGGACGUGAGGUAUCCGCGAGGUCCCUUGUACAGAGACAUAGACGGUUUCAGGCUGAACGCCUACGUGUCGGUAGAUCUGUAUCGUUCAGCGCUAGGGUACAAGCCGAGAGCGGACGACGUCUUCAUCGCCACGUUUCCCAAAAGUGGGACGACAUGGAUGCAACAGAUGGGCUACCUCAUUCUUCACGAUGGAUCGCCUGCUCCCGACGGAAUGGACUUCUUCAAGACCAUGCCCUUCUUAGAGCUGUUCGGUGCCGAAGAUGUGGCAAAGCUGAAGCGACCAGGUCUUAUCAAGACACACCUUCCCUAUAACCUGGUGCCGAAGAGUCCAUCUGCGAAGUAUGUGUACCUCUGCAGGAACCCAAAGGACGUGUGCGUAUCGUUCUUUUACCACACCAAGGGUUUCGUGGCGUACGACUUCGCGGACGGCAAGCUCGAAGACUUCUUCGAUGUUUUCAUGCAAGGCGCGACCGAUUUCGGUGACUACUUCGAUCAUGUGCUUUCCUGGUAUGCUCACCGCAACAAUCCCAACGUGCUGUUGAUGCACUACGAGGACAUCAAGACGGACCCCAAGAAUCAUGUGCUAAAGCUUGCUGCUUUUCUAGGCGACGAGUACCACCGGAAACUUGUCGAACACCCGGGGGCACUGGACCGAGUCAUCAAGUACAGCGGAGUAGAUUUUAUGAGAUCCAAAACGGGUGCCGACAUAAAGGCAUUCCUUACCAGGCCGCUGGACAACGACAAAGACGUGCGUCCUGGUCUGAAGCAUUAUCAUGAUACCGUGAUGAAAUAUCCCAAAACAAUGGGUUUUAUCCGCAAGGGUGUAGUAGGAGACUGGAAGAACCACUUCACGCCUGAAAUGAACACGAAAAUGGAAGCAAAGAUCUACCAGAGGUUUGCCGGCACGGACAUUAUUGACGUCUGGAAGAGGCACGGUAUCCUAUGAACGAGCUCCCCACAAGGGCAGGAAAAAUCAGUAUAGCGUCCGCGAUGGCUGUGGACGUGGGAUGUCCCCGAGGACUCCUGUACAGAGAUGGACGGUUUCAUGCAAACUGCCUACGUGUCGUAUUUCGAAGCCAAAGUUCUGACUGUGCACACCCACUAGCUCCCGGCAGUGCUUCUUUAAUGCUGAAUAGUUUCAUGAUAUACAAGUACUUGCAGCUACGUAGGCGAUGAGAAUCGUAAUCGAUAUUGUCACUGUUCGGCAACACGUGUGAUCUGCAUGUUUUCUUUAGCUUUGUUAUAUCAUUAGACAAACAGUUAAAUACAAUAAACAUUGAGACUCGUACACCCACAACCAAGCUGCAAAAAGAAAUACUUGUCUAUCGCUGUUACCUUCCGAAAACAUGAACGCUAUACAGAGUGUUUCAGAAACCGCGUUCUAAAUUUGCUUAAGAAAGGGGAAGUUGCGAUAAUUAAGCGUUUCGCUCAGGAUUCACUUGAGAACAGUGGCACGCCUUUUAAUAUGUCUGAAUUUAGUAAUCAAAGAAGUGAUAAAUAAAUUAGAGUAACUAACUUGUUUUUUACACGGAAGCGGCCGAUGUGAGCGUAAGGACGUUCACUACGCGUGCUCAUUCGAUGGUGAGGCGUUAACUGUAAACAGACAUGGCUGACUGCUAAGGCCGUGGCAGUUGGGCUCUGCGGCAGUUACGUUUACUCUUUCUGUAUGAAACUGACCAAUAAUCGUUACGCUGCAGAAAUUAGCCGCGUCAGCUUUUUGCGUGCCUAGGAGCAAUUAUGAGCUCCUCGGAUGACAGCCUUCAAUUCUUGCAUUAGGAUCAUUGUUUGAAUUUUUCAGUUAAAAUGGCAAGUCGUGAAGUGUUUAUAUAUACUCCCCUAAGUACUAUUUCGAGUCAUUUUAGGAUGUACUACGCCUCUGUGGUAAAAUACAUCGCGAUAAAAUUCUUCAAUUAUUGUAUCUUACACAUUUUUAUGCAAUAUCGAAUGACAGUUGUCUGAAACAACCGGUAUAAUCUUCCUCAACUGUGCCUAACUUCAGAAGUCAAUAAAUUACCCACUGUGGUUGCUUAGUGGCUAUGGUGUUGGGCUGCUGAGCACGUGGUCGCGCGAUUGAAUCCCAGCCACGGUGGCCGCAUUUCGAUGGGGGCUAAAUGCGAUGACACCCCCUUUACUUAGAUUUAGGUGCACGUUAAAGAACCCAAGGUGGUCCAAAUUAUUCCGGAGUCGCCCACUACGGAGUGCCUCACAAUCAAAUCGUGGUUUUGGCACGUAAAACCCCCUAAGUUAGAAGUCCAUAAAUUCAUAAGUAAAUCUGUAAUGUUGUUCCACUCCAAUCACGCCACCAGUGAAGUGGAGCAGGACUACAGGAAUAAAAUGAAUUCGAACAGAACCGCCAUCAACAAAGGUGCUGCCAUGUGACUGACUUGGUCGUCAUAUGCGUGCUGACUUGGUCGGAGCGCCAGAGCAAUAUGUGGCGCUGCUUUCGCGUUAUUGUGUUCCUUACCGAAAAACAAAAAUGUA